CCACUCCAGUCGAACAUGGCACGGCUGCGGAGGAAAGCGUGCAUAGCUCUGUUUCUCUUUACGCUGUUCAUCUUUGGGACCAUGAUGGGACUGAGGACCCUGAAGCCCAGUGACGGUUUCUCGGAUCUGGCUCCGGGCUUGGAGCUCCUGCCGAUGAUAGGGGGGAAGAUGGACCGGCGCUCUGUGUCCCGUGACGCCACAGUGUCCCCGGGUCAAGACCGCCCGGCUGGCAGCAACAUCAAAACGGUUCUGUCCAACUCCGGUCCCGAGGGGACCAUAUUUUAUGAUGUUCAUAUUUUUUACUAUAUCUGGUAUGGAACCCCACAUAUGGACGGCAAGUACAUUCACUGGGACCACAUCCUGGUGCCACACUGGGACCCCAAAAUCGCAUCCAGCUACCCGAGAGGCAGACACAUGCCUCCUGAAGACAUCGGCUCCAGUUUCUAUCCCGAACUCAAUCCGUACAGCUCCAGGGACCCGGACGUGUUGGAGUCCCACAUGGAGCAGAUCGGAGCAUCUGCAGCAGGGGUUCUGGUCCUGUCCUGGUAUCCUCCUGGCCUGGCUGACGACAACGGGGAACCCGCUGAGGAUUUGGUACCAGCUGUACUGGAUGCUGCAUAUAGACACAACCUCAAGGUUGCAUUUCACAUCCAACCAUACAGAGGACGGAACGACCAGAGCGUGCAUGACAACAUCAAGUAUAUCAUUGACAGGUACGGUGACCACGGGGCCUUCUACAAGUUCACCUCCAGCACAGGGAAGAGUCUUCCUCUGUUUUACAUCUAUGACUCCUACCUAACUCCUCCAGAGGCCUGGUCUGAAUUUUUGACUCCCACCGGCUCCCACAGCGUGCGCGGCUCGGCUUAUGACUCCGUUUUCAUCGCCCUGAUCGUGGAGGAGCGCCACAAGCACGACAUCCUCGCGGGUGGCUUCGAUGGCAUGUACACUUACUUUGCCUCCAACGGCUUCUCCUUCGGCUCUUCUCACCAGAACUGGAAGGCCAUCAAAGCUUUCUGCGACGGCAACAACCUCCUCUUCAUCCCCAGCGUGGGGCCUGGUUACAUCGACACCAGCAUCCGGCCGUGGAACAACCACAACACGCGCAACCGAGUCAACGGCCGUUACUACGAGACGGCCCUGCAGGCAGCGCUCAACGUGAGGCCGGAAAUCGUCACUAUCACGUCGUUUAACGAAUGGCACGAGGGCACGCAGAUAGAGAGAGCGGUGCCUAAGAAAACCGUGACACGUGUGUACUUGGACUAUCAGCCACAUGGCCCCGAUCACUACCUGGAGCUGACCCGCCGCUGGGCGGAGCAGUUCAACAAAGAGAAGGAGCAGUGGCUCAUGUGA